AUGUCUGCAGACACACCGACUGCUCAGACCAUGGAAGGGCGGAUCAAGAAACCAUCGCCUCAUCGCUCGAAGUCCACAAAGCGAGCCAGCAAGGCAAAACGCAGUUUGUCAAAGAGUCUUGCAACCUCUUCAGCACCGGACGAUGCUAUGCUCACAGCGGCGGCGGCUGCGACUUCCUACGACUUCGCAGAGGAGACCACAACAUCUCCCAAGAAAACUUUGAAGACGCCCCAACAGCCACUCUUGCUCUUUAGCAAGACUCACCGUCUAUCGUAUCCCAACCCCGACAAAGAGCGCCGUGCCAUCGCCAACCUCUGGAUCUAUCGCUUCGGCAACUUGAGCGACGACCAGAUCGAAGAGAUCAUCAAGCCACACAUCCAGCACGAGUCGCAAGCUGUCAAGAUGAGGGCGGUCCAGAAACGCUUUGGAAGGCUCCACCGUCGAACAGAGGCACCGGCUUUUCGGAGAAUUAUCUGGUCGAAAGAAAAGGGAUCCGUCAACUUCAUCGGCAUCGAAGCAGACCAGGCGAGCAAGAGCGCGAAGACCUAUCGUGCCUUCAAUCGGUACAAAUUUGUUCGCCUCGCCGAAGCUACCAUGUACAAUCGUGUGUGGAAGUUUCAGAAUCGCAAAGCGCCCGUGUUCGAGGUGUGGAAUACGAUGUGCAAGGAAGCCAUGGUCAAGGAGGACUUGGCUGUUCCUGAAGACGUGGGCGAGAUUCCUGCGCAAUGUCUCGGUGCUCGGGCUGUCAAUCAUCGACCGAGACCGCGGAUGCCAGCCCCCAUGUAUGGCUUGAGCAGUGUCAUCGCUCCCCUGUUCUGA